AUUGCACUACACGCAGUCCACAGACGCUUCCUUCGUACGCUUCACCGGAGUGGGUGGAGACGAGACGCGAGCAAACCCAAAACCCUCGCGGCGACGCCAUGGCCGCCGCGCUCCGCGCCGCCCUCCGCCGCCGCCACGCCGCCUCUUCGCCGGUGGCCCGCCUCCUGCCGUACUCGUCCCCUGGACCCUGCGCCAAGGGCGGUGGCGCCGCCUCCACCCUCCACGCCGCCACGCGCGGCGCGCCCGCUCCGUCGAUCCAGGCGCCCUCCGUUGUCCGCCGCUACUGCUCCGCCGGGGGAGGAUACGCCGCCGUGCGCCCUGCUCGCGGCGCCUCCCCGCUCCAGGUACCCUCUCUGGUACGCCGCUACGGCUCCACCACGGGAGCCACUGCUACCGCCACCCCUGCCGCUGGCGUCCCUGCCCUUCACCGUGCAUCUCCACUUCCCCUCUUUGUGCCCCGCCGCCGCCGUGUGUAUUCUUCUGAGGAGUAUUCUUCUGAUGAGUAUUCUUCUGAUGGGUAUUCUUCUGGUCAGGAAUACAAGUAUGUGGAGGAUUGCCAAGUGGCUAAGGUUAUGGAUCAUCAACUCAGAAGGAUUGAGAAAGUUGAGGCUGGACUAAAGCAGCUCGGGUGGUUCCAAAUUAUCACGGUUUCAUUGCUGGGAUUAGUUACAUAUCAGUGCCAUUCAGAGGUUUCCCGUCUCGACAAGGAAGUCGCUGCUCCAAAGAGCGAGAGCACGUAGACUCAAGAGCAAGGUCCCUGCUGAUUGUUCCAUUGAUGAUUAAGAAGAAGACGAUCUCGCUUGAUGCUCAUGAAACCUAGUCUUGCCAAGUGUUUUGCACUGUAGUUUCGGCCACUUCAUCUACUGAUUGAUAGCCGUAGUUUCUGAUCGUUGUCAGUGUAGUUUGCUGGUGCUGCGCUGCAUGUUUCCAUUUUGAUUCGUAACCUGAUUAAACCCUCAAUGCCCAAACUUGGUGUUCUGUGUCCCUUUGCUUGAUGCGUGGGCGCGUUAACUUUGGUAUCCAGCUCUGCUGUACUUUCUUAUGCAUGAUAAACCUGGGAUGUUUCUGAUGUGAACUGGAAAUGGACUAUCAUGGCAUUCAUGUAGUGCACUUCGAUUCUUCAGUCGACACAA